AUGAUUGGAGAAGAAAUGGGUAAAGUUGAAGAUUGUAUUUCGAUCUAUAAAAUUGAGUCAGCAUUUUAAGACCUUAUAAAACGAAUUCAAAAGAAGAUAAAGAAAUUUCAACAUUUGAAAAAUGUAAUGGAUGACCCAAUUCUAAUGAAAAACAUUUUAGAAAAAGGUAAAACUAUCCUUAGAUAUCCGAUCCUUAGGUUAGGAUGGAGAAUAUAGGACUAGGAGAGGGAAUAAUCGAAUUUAGAAGGGUGAUAAAAAAUUAUAUCAAUGCAAAGUCUGUUAAAAGACAUAUCAUAAAUCAUAACAACUGGGAGGACAUUUAAGGAAAGGGCACCCAAAAAAGGAUAAUUUAGACGUUGGUUAACCUUGAAAAG